UUCACCCGUGCCAUUCAAGAUGCAGCUGCUGCGUCUGCUCUGCAGCCUCCUCUUGGCCAUGGUGACGCUGAGCGUCAUAGAGGGAUGUGACUUUGGACAGUUCAUCUGUGGAGCCCGGGCCCCCGGGGACGUGAUCUUAGGUAUAAUGCUGCCAUUACAUCGUAAAGUGAAGGACAUUCAUGAACGGAUUAGACCCGAAAACUUCCAGUGCUCAGAUUUUGAUCUGCAGUCAUUUAUGAGAUCCUUGGCUACAAUCCAUGAAAUCGAGGAGAUAAACGCAGCUGGCUUCCUUCCAGGGGUGCAUCUUGGAUAUAUGUUGUGUGACACAUGCUCCUCUGCAAGCAAGGCAUUACAGAAUCUGGGUCACAUGCUCGAACUCAACAACACUCUAGAUAUGAGGUGCAAUUACAAUGACUACAGGCCGGAAGUCAAGAUUAUUUUAGGAGCGUUCUACUCUGAGGUGACCAUUGCUGUGGCCAGAAUGAUGAAUUUGUUCAUGGUUCCUGUAUUGACCAGCGUAUCAUCUGCACCAGAACUAAGUGAUAAGACACGCUUCCCAGUUGUACUGCGCACCGUUGCCAGUGAUAAGCACCAGACCAAAGCAAUUGCCAGAAUUGUCCAUCAGUUCGGCUGGAACUGGAUUGGGGUUGUGUAUGGAGACGACGAAUAUGGCAGAGGAGCUUUCCAGGGCUUCCUUGAGGCUGCUGAGGCAAACAGUGUAUGUCUGGCCUAUCAAGAGAUGUUGUCUCAUUACCUCGAUGAUAACAUCAAACGUAUCAGGCAAGUUGCCCAGCAGAUCCGCUCCUCCAGUGCCCGGGUGGUACUGCUAAUCAUUAGAGAAGAGGUGGUGGAGGCCCUUUUUAAGGAGAUGAUCAGCACCAACACAUCAAGGAUCUGGAUUGCCAGUGAUGUCUGGUCCAAGAGCAAGUCUCUUGCUCAAAUGGAAAGCAUCAACAAGAUUGGGGACAUUUUGGGCUUUAAUUUUAUUUCACACAGGAGUGAAGUGUUUGAUAAUUAUCUCAAGAAUCUCACAGCGACCCCAGGAGGAUAUAACCUCUUCAUUGAAGAGUACAAGAACCUGAGAUUCAACUGCAGCUCAGAAUGUUUCUCAAACUACCCUCCGUCCUAUUGUCCCUCACUCAAAUACUUAAAAAUGAAAUCUGGCCAUGCAUGCGGAACAGAGAAUCCUCAAGAGCAAAAUGAUGACUAUCUUAUAAAGGCUUCGGAUACCAGUGACGCCUUCCUUCACAAAGUAACAGUGCGGGCCGUAGCAUAUGCUCUCAAAAAGCUACUAAAGUGCAACAGUUUUUCAUGCUCGGGAGAAAUUAACUUCCAACCAUGGAAGCUCCUUCAAGAACUAAAGAAUGUUCAGUUUGAGUUUGACGGCUACAAUUUCUUCUUUGACGAAAACGGUGAUUCCUUACACUUUUAUGAUUUGAUCAUGUGGCAAAAAGACGGAGACCACAGAAGGCAUUUAAGGAUUGGGAAAUACCAUGUCCUUGAUGAAAAAGUUGAACUCUAUGUGAAAAAUUUCAACUGGUUGUUGACUGGCAAUACCACGGUCCCUGCGUAUAGAUGCUCAGUGCCCUGUGCCCCUGGCUCAGUAAAGAAGAUCCUGAAUGUAUCCUGCUGUCACAACUGCACCCUUUGUUCAGAGGGGACCUAUUCAGAUGACUACGAUCUCCAUAGCUGCAAAAAAUGUCCCAAUGGUACUUGGUCUCUCAAGGGUUGGACACAGUGCCGUCCAAGAUCAGAGUCUUACAUGCGAUGGAGCGAUCCUCAUCCCAUCACCAUGAUGACAGCUGCAGCCUUUGGCAUCCUGCUCUUGUUGGUUGUCUUCAUUAUCUUCCUGGUGUACAGAGAUUCCCCCCCCAUGAAACGAGCAGAGGUGAGAUUGUCCUGUGUGAUGAUGGCUGGUCUGUCAGUGAGCUUCGCAAGUGUGAUAUGUUUCAUGGGGAGGCCAAAUGUACAUCUCUGCCGGGCCCGCCAAGUAAUGUAUGCCAUGGGCUUCACCCUGUGCAUUUCCUGCAUCCUAGUCAAGGCCUAUCGUACCUUCCUGGCUUUCCUUCCCUUUGGUCAGCUGACAAACAGGCGACUGCACAAACUUUACCGGCCACCUGUAAUUGUCAUCAUCCUAACUGCUCUCCAGGGGAUCAUCUGUCUUCUCUGGCUGAUCUUUGACUCUCCAGAUGUUGAUAAGACACCUCCAUCCCCACAAAGCAUGAGGAAACAAAUCCAGUGCAGUGAAGGUGCCACAUACAUAGGUUUUGGCAUUAUGUUGGGCUACAUAGCUCUGCUCGCAUUGGUUGGCUUCCUGUUGGCCAUUAAAGGCCGGAAGGUUCCUCAGGAGUUCAGCGAAACAGGCUACAUCCUCUUUAGCAUGCUGAUGUAUUUGUUUGUAUGGGGGUGUUUUGUCCCAGUCUAUAUCACAAACAAUGAACAAGGCACUGCUGUGCAGGCUUCAGCCAUUCUGGUAUCCACCUAUGGCAUCAUCUUUUGCCAUUUUUUACCCAAGAGCUAUCAAGCACUUUGGGCCUCAAAGAGGAAUACACUGGAGAGGAUUAGGAGAGGAUGGCAAACCACCUCCUGUCAAAGUAACUUUUCAGUGACAGAGAUAGCCAUAGAUAUCCCCGGAAUGAAUAGAUACCCACGAAAGAGUGAAAGGUUUUCAGUAUCAAGUACGACAACAAUAUUGAGGAGUUCAGAGUCAAUAAUUCAGGCCAGUCACGAGCCAGUUUUUAGUCCUAUGUCUAAUGGAAAUAUCCAUGUCUAUACUCUGUCUAACCAGCAAGAAACACAACUAAAAAAGAGACGCAGGAGUAUGUCCUGCUAGAACUGGUUCCAGGAAAAUUUUAUUUCUACUACACUGAUAAUUUAUUAUACCUAUUUACCUGCCUUUUUAUAGACAAUGUUUUGUAAGAUCUUUUGUGCUGUUAAUCCAUGUAAUGUUGUAUUUUUCGAUGUACAUAUGACCAAAGAUGACUUAUUUGUAUUGUGUACAACUACAAGUUAUAUUAAGGUAAAACUUAACAUGUGGACCAUUUUCCCUUCAUUGUAACCCUUUGAAACCUGGAUCAUUAGUUUUCUUGUGUUGUGUUUGGAUACCUUUUACAAACAUAUAAUCCUUUGA